UGGGAUCAUCGGCAACCAAUUCGUUUCUAUCACUGGUAUUUUGAUAGAUCGGAGAACUGUGAACGAAUUCAACCAAAUGCAAGAUCCUUGGAAUGCCAUGCUUUUGCUUCGCUUCGAGGCGCAGCUCUCUUAACAAGGCGACGCGACUUUUCCACUUCGAAGAAAAUAUCAGGGGAGCUCUUUGUCUAACGUGACACCAACAUGCUUACUAAAUUAUUGCAAAAAUUCUCUUCUCCACAGCGGAGUGAGCCACAGGAAACUUCAAAGCUACCAGCAGGGAUUGCUGUUCACUAUGGGAUUCCAGCCACUGCAUCUAUUAUGGCUUUUGACCCUAUUCAACAGCUCUUAGCUAUUGGGACAUCAGAUGGUAGGAUUAAAGUUGUUGGGGGGGAUUAUAUUGAAGGCCUUCUUGUAUCUCAUAAGCCACAUCCUUUCAAGAAUUUAGAGUUUUUAGAAAACCAAGGUUUCAUUGUGAGCAUCUCAAAUGAAAAUGAGAUUCAGGUCUGGGAUCUGGAGAACAAACACUUGUCUUCUACAUUAAAGUGGGAGUCAAACAUAACUGCAUUCUCUGUUAUCUAUGGCACUCAAUACAUGUGUUUAGGGGAUGAAUACGGGUAUUUGUCUGCGCUGAAAUAUGAUGCCGAGAAAAGAAAUGUUGUGCAGUUGCCAUAUUAUGUGCCCCCAAAUCUUGCAGAAGCUGAUGUGGCUUUAUCGUCCAACCAACUAUCCAUUGUUGGGUUGCUUCUCCAUCCAUGUUCACUUGGAAAUAGAGUGCUGAUUGCUUAUGAAAUUGGGUUACUUAUUCUAUGGGAUAUUACAGAAGAUAAAGCUGUACUUGUUAGAGGUCAAAAACAUCAUCAGCCAAAGGAAUUUUUUGUAUGCACUCAAACAAAUUUGAGCGAAGUACAUGCAAAUGUUUCCAAUGACCAUGACCAACCAGAGAAGGAAAUAAGUUCCAUUUGUUGGCUGUCUUCUGAUGGGUCAAUUGCUGCUGUUGGGUAUGUAGAUGGAGACAUUUUUCUAUGGAACUUAUCUGUGCCAGACUAUAUUGAUGACACCGAGGCUGAAAUUCAGGCUAACUUUGUUGUUAAGUUUCAACUAUCAUCUGAAGACAGAAGGCUUCCUGUUACUGUUUUGCGCUCUGCUAACAAAUCUCAAAACAGUUUUCGAAGCCACCUUUUUGUUUACGGAGGUGGUGAAAUUGGAUCCGAAGAGGUUGUGACGAUCCUGAAACUUGAUUGGUCAUCUGGGUUUGCAGCAUUGAAAUGUAUUGAUAGAGUAGACCUUAAACUUCAAGGAUCAUUUGGAGAUAUUGUUACAGUACCAGAUGCUUGCAAUGUGGAAAACAAUGAUACCAGUUCAUUUUUUAUACUGACAAACACAGGACAGUUGGAUUAUUAUGAAAACACUUGUUUCUCCACCUUGAAAUCUAAGCAAGAAAACAAUAAUUAUGCUGUCAGUAUUCGGUAUCCAGUGGCAAUACCUGCUCUCGACCCUUGCAUGACUGUGGGAAAGUUGUGUUUUAUGGAUAGGAAAUAUAACUUCGCAUGCAGUUCAUUAAAGUCAUUUCAUGUUAUAAACAAAGAGGAAUCAAAGUGGCCUCUAACUGGUGGUGUUCCUGGUCAAUUGUCUUUAACUGAAGAUAAUGUUGUUGAGAGACUAUACAUAGCAGGAUAUCAAGAUGGAUCUGUCCGAGUGUGGGAUGCAACUUACCCACUUUUGUCACUUUUGUUUGUGAUCUUUUCUGAGGUGAAGGGCUUGGAAAGCACUAGUUCUAGUGCAGCAAUUACAUCCCUGGACUUUUCCACUACUUCUUUGAGUAUUGCUUUUGGCAAUGAAUCUGGCCAAGUUCACCAUUAUAUGCUUUGCACCAGCUCUGGCUCUGAGAAAAUGAAGUUGCACUUCAUUACUAAAAUCAAAACUGAAGUUCACUCAUCUCCAAGUGGGGCUGGAUAUCAAUGCGCAGCUAUCUUUUCACUGGUCAAUUCUCCAGUAUGCAUCCUGCAGUACAUUGCUUCCGGCUCCAAACUGGCUGUUGGGUACGAAAGCGGCCAGGUUGCUGUGCUUGAUGUUGGUUCACCAUCAGUUUUAUUUCUUUUGGACUGUGUUUCUAGUUCAAUGUCUCCUAUCAAUUCUCUUUCUGCAAAGGCAUUUUCAACUAUCAAUCAAAAUAUUGUGAACACUGAAUGUGGAACCUCAUAUGAAGUUGAGGAAGAGCUUGCUUUAUUCUUGACCAGAGAUGGACAAAUAAUUUUAAUGGAUAUCAACACUGGAAAUAUGAUUAAUUCUCAGCCUGUACAUCCAGAAAAAGUGACAACUUCAGUUUCUUUACAUAUUGUAGAGAGCAAUACAUCUUUUGACAAAGGGUCUGACAAGCAUCCUUUGCUCAAGGAUAUUGGAAGUAAAGAUCAAUCAGCACAGUCUGGUGGCCUUGAACAAAACAGUUAUGCAGAUCCCAACAAUCAUGUGAAGCCUUCUCUUAUGCAAAAUAUUAAGGAUUCUCAGAUUUUAGUUUGCUGUGAGGAUAUUAUAUAUUUGAUCUCCUUAAAGUCUGUUGUGCAGGGUAAUACCUCUAUCCUCCGAGAAGUGAAUCUUGAUAAACCGUGUAGUUGGACUGCUUUGUUCAAGAAUGAUGAUGAUAGAGAAUGUGGAUUGAUCAUAAUAUACCGGACUGGAGAUAUUGAAAUCCGAUCUUUGCCGGACCUUAAAGUGCUUGGAGACACAUCACUAGUGUCAUUACUUAGAUGGAACUUCGAAACACAUAUGUUUAAGACAUUGAGUUCUCCCGGUAAAGGGAUUAUAUCACUGGUCAAUGGGUGUGAAUUUGCUAUUUUGUCAUUGUUCUCUGGAGAUGACUUUUGGAUUCCAGAGGCAUUGCCUUGUCUUCAUGAUAAAGUCCUUGCAGCUGCAGCAAAUGCAGCUCCUUGUCUGUCCCAAAACCAGGAGAGUAAAAAGACUACUGUCAACAGUAUGGUAUCUGGCAUCUUCAAGGGGUUUAAAGGGGGAAAAGGAGAGCAAGUUAUUGACUCUACUGAAACGCGGGAAAAUCUUAUUGCACAUCUAGAGAGCAUAUUUUCCAGGUUUCCUUUCUCAGAUCCUCUUACAAGUGUCUGUGAUGGCGAAGGACACUUGGAACUAAAUAUAGAUAAUAUUCAGAUUGAUGAACCCAUUUCUGCAGCAUCAUCAUCUCAACAGAGCAAUAAUAGCAGACAAGAAAAUGAAAAGAAAAGAGAAAAGCUAUUUGAAGGCGGAUCAACUGAUACAAAACCAAGACUAAGAACCCGCGAAGAAAUUAUUGCCAAGUAUAGAAACAAAGGGGAGGCCAUCUCUGCAGCAGCACAAGCGAGAAACAAGCUCGUUGAGCGUGGGGAGAAACUUGAGAAACUAAGUGAACGAACUGCAGAGCUUCAGAGUGGGGCAGAAAACUUUGCAUCAAUGGCAAAAGAGCUUGCCAAGUCCAUGGAAAAGCGCAAAUGGUGGAACUUCUAAGUUCUAAGCCACCCCCAUAGCAUCGACCUGCUGCUGCUUUAUAUUCCUUCAAGUAGACCGACUGCAAAGCUUUACCAUAUUCAUUUCCUUUGUCAAAAUGUGAUGAACUCAUCCGCCAUUCUUGUCGCUCCGUAAUGCUGAACUUAUAUGCCACUCUUGUCGCUUCGUAAUGCAUAUGGCCAUCUCAUUAUACCUUGUGUCAAUGUGUUUUGAUUUGGGAUGAGAGGAGGCUUUUGGUUCAAGGUGGACAAGCUCAUGAAUGUUAUGAGUUGUUACAUUUUGACAUUUUGGGGACAAUAUCAUGUAAGUAAUUCCCAUAAUAGACACUGGAAGUGAUUGAUGGCUUCAGUAACACUUGGGUUUACCUAAUGAAAGGUAAACAUCAAGAAACAUUGUAUUGUACUCCGUAUUUUAUUUAUAUAAGUAAACAUGCCUAAAGUCA